AUGUCCGCAGCCCCCAAGUCCCUCUCGAUCGCCUCUCUGGGGGCAGCAGCCGUGCGCUGCAGAGCCAGGCAGGAGCUGCCUGCGGGGCAUGGAAGAAGCCUCUUUGGCAGCCUCGAGAGGAGCGGGAGGAGCGAGCGAGCGCCGCUGCCUGUGACCCCGGCGUCGCUGCUGCCCCUCUCCCUGGGAAGAGCACGUCCACACAGAGGGCUCUCCCUUCCCUCCCUUCCAGGUCUUCCUCUGCAGAGCCCCGUGGAGCCAGGAGCCAAGCCAGAGGGGAGCAUGGAGCUGCUGUCCACGCCCCACAGCAUCGAGGUCAACAACAUCACCUGUGACUCCUUCCGCAUCUCCUGGGCCAUGGAGAACAGUGACCUGGAGAGGGUCACCCAUUACUUCAUUGACCUUAACAAGAAGGAGAACAAGAACUCCAACAAGUUCAAGCACCGGGAUGUCCCCACCAAGCUUGUGGCCAAGGCCGUGCCACUGCCCAUGACAGUAAGAGGCCACUGGUUCCUGAGCCCCCGCACGGAGUACAGCGUGGCCGUGCAGACGGCCGUGAAGCAGAGUGACGGGGAGUACCUGGUGUCCGGCUGGAGCGAGACGGUUGAGUUCUGCACUGGGGAUUAUGCCAAGGAGCACCUGGCCCAGCUGCAGGAGAAGGCCGAGCAGAUCGCAGGCCGUAUGCUCCGCUUCUCCGUCUUCUACCGCAACCACCACAAGGAGUACUUCCAGCACGCCAGGACCCACUGCGGGAACAUGCUGCAGCCCUACCUGAAGGACAACAGCGGCAGCCAUGGCUCCCCAACCAGCGGCAUGCUCCACGGGGUCUUCUUCAGCUGCAACACAGAGUUCAACACAGGCCAGCCUCCUCAGGACUCCCCCUACGGCCGCUGGCGCUUCCAGAUCCCUGCCCAGCGCCUUUUCAACCCCAGCACCAACCUCUACUUUGCGGACUUCUACUGUAUGUACACAGCUUACCACUAUGCCAUCCUGGUGCUGGCCCCCAAGGGCUCCCUGGGGGACCGCUUCUGCCGUGACCGCCUGCCCCUCCUGGACAUUGCCUGCAACAAGUUCCUGACCUGCAGCGUGGAGGAUGGGGAGCUGAUCUUCCGCCAUGCCCAGGACCUCAUCCUGGAGAUCAUCUAUACCGAGCCCGUUGACCUGUCCCUGGGCACCCUGGGGGAGAUCAGCGGGCACCAGCUCAUGAGCCUAUCCACUGCUGACGCCAAGAAAGACCCCAGCUGCAAGACCUGCAACAUCAGUGUGGGCCGCUAG